AUGUCAGACCAACAGAAACACUUUGUUCUAGUUCAUGAAGCUUGUCAUGGUGCAUGGACUUGGUACAAGGUAGUGAAGUUGCUAAGCUCGUUUGGUCAUAAAGUUACUGCACUGGAACUUGGAGAAAAUAUGAACAGGAUAGUCUCUAUUUCUGAUUACUUGCGGCCAUUAAUGAAGUUCAUGGCAUCUCUUCCUUACAAGGAACAAGUGAUCCUAGUGGGUCAUGGCUAUGGAGGUCUUGCUGUCUCUCUUGCAAUGGAGAAAUUCCCAAAAAAGAUAUCUGUUGCCGUUUUUGCUGCUGCUGUCAUGCCUACUUGGAGAUUACCAAUCAUUGAUGUCUUUGAAGAGUAUUUCAUGAGUACACCGGAAGAGUCUCUAUUGGAUUGUGAAUUUUCCUUUGAUCAUGGUCGAGAAAACUUUCCAACUUCGGUCAUCCUUGGUCCAGAUUUCCUCUCAUCCAAGAUGUACAACUGCUGCCCAUCUGAGGAUACUACAUUGGCAAGUUUGAUGGUUGAGCCCACUAGCUUCUUCUUCAAAGAUUUGGUCAAUGAAACAUUGCUUACCAGGGAGAGAUUCGGGUCUGUCAAUUCGGUUUACAUCUUCUGUAGUAAAGAUGAGGUACUGACUGAGGAAUUCCAAUUGUGGAUGAUAUGUAAUAGUCCAACGACUCCAGCUGUAAGAGUGAUUCUAGAUAGUGGUCAUAUGGUCAUGCUCUCCAAGCCUGACGAGCUUAGCUUAUGCUUGAAGGAGAUAGCUGAGACAUAUUCUACUUAA